AUGUUCGCCGCCGGAGGCCUGGUCCUCUGCGGCGGCAGCGCCCUGGUUAUUCGCAAGCACCGGCUCCUGGACCUGCCCAAGGGCAAACUGGACUACCCCGGCGAACCCAACGAAAUAUGCGCUCUUCGGGAAAUCUCCGAAGAGACCGGCCUGAAUCCCUCCUCCUUAACUAUCCGCUCUCCCCUCUGCCAGACCACCUACAUUUCCUAUUACCGGAUCGGCCCCGUCAACAAGUCAGUGCAGUGGUUCCUACUGGACUACGAAGGCAACCUGGCUGAUCCCCUGCAACCCGACCUUAGGGAAGGCAUCGACCAGUGCCAGUGGGUGCCCCUGAAAGACCUGCUGGAAAAGAUGCGCACCUCCCGCCCCUACCUGCGCCCCGUGCGCCAGGCCAUCGAGCAAGCGUUGUACUCCGCAGCGGCGCCCCUGCCCUAG